AUGGCUCCAGACGCGCGCGCUACGAUCUACGCUAUUAUAAACGCGUCCCCAGGCAUAGUGCAUAGCAGCAGGACGACCAGACACGCCUGUUGUUCAGGGCCCACAGCACCGCUCUCAACCGCACCAUCCCCAGAACUCUCCCUUCUCCCAUCGCCUACACUAUCGGUCUCCUUCCCCCCAUGUGCUCUCUUCUUCUUCCCUCCUGCCCUCCCGUACGGACUGGCGGGAGUGCUGCUGCUUGCACCUCCCGCAACCCCACAUGCUGACCCCGCCACUAGCGUCUCUGGCAUCAAUGAUACCUUAGCUGCCACUCAUAGUGCUGCUGCUAGUGGCGGGGAUGGAAGUAGGGGGGACAGGGGAAGCAGGCAAGCGCUCAGGGCAGGGCAGGGAAAGGGGCGGAGCGGAGGGCGUGGGAGUGGAUGUGUGAGGAGGUGGCGAGGAGGCCCAGGCAGAUCAGCAUGGUGCAGCUGGGAGGGACCCAUGACCAACCUCGCCCGGGUGAGUGCUUGCACGAGUGCUUGA